AUUUCUCAGUUGCUGCUAUCAUAUGUUGGAACAGUGUGUCAAUUGUUAUUUGGAUGUUACCGUUGGUAGUCGCACCUGUAACAUGUGGCUUUAAUAUUUCUGUUUAUUGACCAAGCACAAUCAAGAUGAACAGCCGAAUGGGAAUAUGGGUGGUUGUGGGCCUGAUCGCCGCUGGAGGCUUGACCGCCGCCAUCGCACUUGCCGUCGUCAAGAAUAAGUCAGAUGCAGACCACAUUGACUACGACAAGGACUUCUGCCAUCCAUUACUGAUAGCCCACCGCGGUGCCAGUGGCUAUGUCCCAGAACACACCCUCGGUGCUUAUGCCCUUGCAGCCACGAUGGGUGCGGACUAUCUAGAGCCCGAUGUCGUCAUGACCAAAGACGGACACAUCAUAGCGAGACAUGACAAUAAACUAGACAUCACCACGAAUGUCGCACAGCACCCAGAGUUCGCUGACCGUUAUAAGACUCAAAUGGUAGACGGAAGCAUACUAAGUGGUUGGUUCACAGAAGAUUUCACACUUGCAGAAAUAAAAACACUACGCUCAAUCGAACGCAUUCCGUCAACGCGACCGGGCAAUGCCAGAAUGGACGAGGCUUUCGAAGUUCCUACCAUGCAAGAAAUCAUUGACUUGGCGAAGGGUCUUGAAGUCAGUCUACAUCGCCCAAUUGGGAUUUAUCCUGAAAUCAAACAUCCUACUCAUUUCCAGCGACUGGGCCUGGCUAUGGAGCAACCUUUGGUCGACUUGCUACACAAGAACGGGUAUCGUGGACCUGAAGCUCCUAUAUACAUCCAAUCCUUCGAAGUAAGCAACCUGAAGGAGUUGAAGAACAUGACUGAUAUUCGGUUGAUACAGUUAUUAGGGGCGAAUCCGAACAAUCCACCGGUCGACCAAGCUGUUCUAGGAACUGGGCUUACUUACGGUCAGAUGGCUACAGCUGAAGGGUUACGAGAAAUUGCUACAUACGCUUACGCUGUUGGACCUGACAAAGGAUACAUAAUUCCUCGUACAUCUGAGAAUAAAUUAGGUGAAGUGACAAGUUUUGUGAAGGAUGCUCAUGCUGCAAAUCUUAAGGUUCAUCCGUAUACAUUCCGGUCUGAGAACGUAUUCCUGCCGGUGGAAUUUCGGAGUGAUGACCCGUCUCCUGCCGCCCUAGGGAAUGCUGCUGGUGAACUAAAAGCUUUUCUGGAGGCUGGUAUUGAUGGAGCAUUCACAGACCAGCCCGAUGACUUUGCUAGUGCUCGCGGACUCUGUCAAAAAUAAUCGUGGACGUUAUUAGUGGUACAUGACAAACGAUAAUGAUGCUACAAGUGUUAUCUUAUAAUCUUUUUAUUGCGUUUUUUUUCGCACUUAGAACUCUGGUUAUAGUAAUGCAUCAACAACCCGUGCUCUUUGCGUAAACCAACAAUGUAAUUAUGAACACUUUCCGACGUGCUCAUGUCGCAUAUAUAGUAUACGUAUGAAUCGCCUAUAUAUUUUGUCUAUUCUAGUUUUCAUGUAAAUAGUCUUUAACUAGCUAAUAGAACAAAAACAAGCUUAAAAUAUGUUCUGUAUGUUUAAAAUGUGAAAAUCUUCUAGGUCCAUGUGAUUUAUGAGUUAAUCUUGACAAAACAACUAGUAUUGUACUAAAAUGAUAGUUUUUACCCGUAAGUAAAUAUUAAGUCAUGUUAUGUACUUAUUGUUAAAUUAUCUGUUCUGUUAUUUUAUUGUCGUAGUUUUAGAUUGUACUUUAAGAUAAAAUAAAUAGUGAUUAUUAAGCCAAAUAAAGAUACAAAUCAACAUUUGAAAACAACAAAUAUACAAUUA